UGAAAACUUGGUCAACUAAAAGUUGAGGACACAUUUGGCAAGGUUACGAUUCUACGUUUGCCCAGAAAGAUCCUUUAUAUAUGUUGUUCAAUUCCGUUUCUCCAAGCUAACCCAUAAUCUAGCCCCUUUUACCGACCCUAAUCGUUUGUAGCAACCGUGAAUUCGCCUCGACAGGCUUUGGAUAUUUGAGGAACACUUGAUGGAUAACAACAACUGGAGGCCUUCCGUUCCAAAAGGAGAACCUGGUGACUGGAGAAAUCAGUUGCCACAGCAUUUGAUGUCUCAACAAAACAGCCUUCAUCAAAGAAGUCUUGCAGGACUGCAGCAACCACAACAACAGUUGCUCAUUUCCCAGACUAACCAGCAGUCGGUGCACAUGUUAUCACAGCCAACCGUUGGGCUGCAACCAACGCAUCAGGCUGCUCAUGGCUUGUUUCUGUUUCAGGGCCAACAGUCGCAUCAUCAACAACCUAAUCUGCUACAACAGGAUGUGCAACAGAGGCUACAAUCUUCAGGUCAAGUCACAGGUUCUCUGCUUCCACCUCAAAAUGUAGUGGACCAACAGAGACAACUAUAUCAAUCCCAAAGAACCCUUCCGGAGAUGCCAUCAUCAUUGGUAGACUCCACUGCACAGAUGGAAAGUGUAAAUGGUGUUGAUUGGCAAGAGGAGGUUUACCAAAAGAUCAGAACUAUAAACGAAAAGUACUUAGCAGAACUUCACGAUAUCUACCAGAGUGCUUCAGCCAAGUUGGAGCAACAGUAUUCACUACCGCAGCAACAAAGAUUAAAGGAGUUUGAGAAAUUGAAAAAAUUCAAGAUAAUGUUGGAGCGAAUGAUGCGAUUCCUAUUGAUUUCAAAGAGCAAUAUCAGGCCUGCAUUAAAGGAUAAUGUGGAUUUUUAUGAGACGCAGAUUAUAAGUUUCUUAAAUAGGCACAGGCCGAGGAAGCCAGUACAGCAAGGGCAGCUUCCGCAACCUCAGAUGCAGCCUGUGAAGCAACAGUCAUCUCAGAACGGUAAUCUUGCCAUAAACACAGUUGACUGGAGAACUCUACAUCCACCAGCUUCACGCCAGAAGAAUGUCAACACACUAUUGGAAAGACUGAAGAAGCAUGUUCCAUAUUCUGGGCAAGAAGGAAUUGAGGAGCUCAUGAGAAUUGCUGUCAGCUUCGAGGAGUUAAUUUUCAACACCGCGAAAAAUCAGGUGGAUUACUUGUGCAGAAUAUCCUUAAAGAUGCAGAGUAUGGAAGAGGGAAGCUAAGUCAAUUUGUGGGGAGGGGGGGAUUUACAAUGCGGUUUAAACUUUCUACGAAAAGCAAGUCGAUAUACAUAUUUGUAUAAAGAACACACCUUGAAGAGUUAAAAAGGAAAGGCAUGAGUAAACAUAUCAAGUGUAUUAGGGUGAUUUUUGGUUUCUCCAACAUCAAUUGAAAAAUGUUUCUUUU